AGGAAAACGACAAAGAUUACUUCUGUUGUCAUCAACCACCACUGGCUAGUCUUCCUCUUUUUGUCGCAGUCCACGAAGAAACCAUGGCGUUGACAACUGGAAUGAUCCACGGUCUCAUCAUGAUGUUUUCCUUUGGCUGGCUCUUACCCAUGGGCGUCCUGUCGGCACGUCUGAUGAAGCAUCGUCCAGGUGACCUCUGGUUCCGUCUUCAUCGUGGAUUUCAAGUCGCCGGAUUGAUCUUUGGCAUUGGUGGCUUUGCCAUUGCCGUUCGCAACUUUAACGUUUUUGCCGACGGCUCCGGCACCACCAGCUUUCAGCAUGGGUGUCUUGGUGCCACCGUGUUUGCACUGGUCCUGCUACAGCCAUUGUUGGCUCUGUUGUUCCGACCGGGCAAGUCUGACGAUUCUACGACAAAUAGUGGUAGUGGUUCUCGCUGGUGGUGGGAACUCCAGCACAAGGGCAUGGGAUAUUUGAUUCUCUUGUUGACAUUUGUCACGAUAUUGCUCGGUGCGAAAUUAGAGGGAACUGGGUGGCAGUUGGCGUAUGUCUUUGGAGUGGUGGGGAGUUUGGUCUUGGCGGGAGGACUCAUGUGGUUUGAUAGAUUCAGCUAUCAACCAUCCACAACACCCGAUGCGACAGAAAUGCCAUCCAUUGCCUAGCCAGCUAGCUAGCUAGAAGGCCAAUUUCAGCAUUUGUAGGGGGACUGUUGAUUGGAAUUGAUCAGUGUUUUGCGCAACUAUAACAUAGCGUGUUUCUUUCACAAAGGAUUGUUCACA